UUUAAUUUAUUUAACUUUGGUCUAUAAAUAAUAAUUGUGAUCUAACAAUGCCACUUAUUUCAGUAUAAUUACGCCAUAUGAUAACUGGAUUUACUUGAUAUUUUUUAGCAGUUCCUUUUGCAACUCGAAAUGACAAAUAUGCCUUUGCCUAUGGCGAGUUCCGCCAAGGCGCUCGCAAAGGAACUCAUGAAUCUCCAAGAAGAGCCUGUUGAAGGUUUUAAAAUAACGCUUGUCGAGGAAAAUAAUUUAUAUGAUUGGCAAGUGGCUAUUUUCGGGCCACCAGGAACAUUAUACCAAGGUGGAUAUUUCAAAGCGCAUAUUCGAUUUCCGGGAGAUUACCCGUACUCCCCACCUUCAUUUCGAUUUCUUUCACAUAUUUGGCAUCCAAAUGUUUAUGAAAACGGUGAGGUGUGUAUAUCCAUACUACAUGCUCCUAUCGAUGACCCCCAAGCUGGUGAACUUCCUCAAGAGCGAUGGAACCCAACACAGAACGUUCGAACUAUUCUUAUGAGUGUGAUUUCUCUACUAAACGAACCCAAUACAUUUUCACCGGCCAACGUCGAUGCCUCGAUAAUGUUUCGAGAUUGGCGUGAACGAAAAAGUACUAAAUACGAAGACUAUGUAAAACAACAGGUUCGUGAUAGUCAGCGUGAAGCUGAAAGAGACGGAGUAGUGGUGCCAACAACUGUCGAGGAAUAUUGCGUGAAGACUACAGUAUCUCAUGACAGCGAUAGCGCAUUAAACGUAGAAGAAUUUUAUGACGAAGAUAUGGAAUUUUGCGGCGAUGACGACGAGGACGCACCAGAUGUUGACACAGAUUGAUUUAUACUUUGGCUGUAACAAAAUACAACGAUAGUGUAAGAUAGACA